GAGCGUGAGAUACUCGGAGUUUAGUCCCACCCCGGACUAGCGCCGACCUCGGGUGCUUUCAGGGGCUCGUUCUAGGUUCUUCAACUCCUUGUCGCCUUUCUGAGGUCGGGCUGGCCUCGUUCCCAGACCCUUGGCUCCUGCUCCGGGAAGCUGACGUCCUGCUGCACGAUGUCCCACCUGGGGCCCCUGCGGUGUGGUGCCUGGGCGGCGCUGCUCCGCCAGCUCCUGCGACCUCCCCGCGCUGUGUGCACCCGGGCGGUCGGCUGUCACAGUCAGGUUGCAGAGGCAGUGUUAACAUCCCAACUGAAACCACAUCAAGAGAAACCAAAUUUUAUCAUCAAGGUUCCAAAGGGCACCAGGGAUUUAAACCCUCAACAGAUGGUUUUGAGGGAGAAAAUUCUUGAUGAGAUUAUCAGCUGCUUUAAACGUCAUGGGGCAAAGGGGUUGGAUACACCAGCAUUCGAGCUCACAGAAAUGCUCACCGAGAAGUAUGAAGACAACUUCGGCCUCAUGUACGAUUUGAAGGAUCAAGGUGGAGAGUUGUUGUCUCUUCGCUAUGACCUUACCGUCCCCUUUGCUCGCUAUCUGGCCAUGAAUAAACUGAAGAAGAUGAAGCGAUAUCAAGUUGGAAAGGUGUGGCGGCGAGAGAGCCCAGCCAUAGUCCAGGGCCGCUACCGGGAGUUCUGCCAAUGUGAUUUUGACAUUGCCGGUGAGUUCGACCCUAUGAUCCCUGAUGCAGAAUGUCUGAAGAUCAUGUGUGAAAUCCUAAGUGGAUUGCAGCUGGGGGACUUUCUCAUUAAGGUAAAUGACCGGCGGGUUGUAGAUGGGAUGUUUGCUGUCUGUGGUGUUCCUGAGAGCAAGUUCCGUACCAUCUGCUCCUCCAUGGACAAACUAGACAAGAUGUCUUGGGAAGAUGUGAGACAUGAGAUGGUGGUCAAGAAAGGCCUAGCUCCUGAGGUGGCCGAUCGGAUUGGGGAGUAUGCCCAAUGUCACGGGGGGACAUCCCUGGUAGAGGAAAUGUCCAAGGAUCCCAAUCUGUCCCAAAGCCAGCUGGCCCUGCAGGGCUUGGCGGACCUGAAGCUGCUCUUUGAAUACCUGACUCUAUUUGGAAUUGCCGAAAAGAUCUCCUUUGACUUAAGUCUGGCCCGGGGCCUAGACUAUUAUACAGGAGUGAUCUAUGAAGCAGUACUACUAUCGUCUCUGGGUCAGGCUGCAACGGAGGCUCUGAAUGUGGGCAGUGUGGCUGCUGGUGGACGCUAUGAUGGCCUGGUAGCCCAGUUUGAUCCCAAGGGCCAUAACGUGCCCUGUGUGGGGUUGAGCAUUGGAGUAGAGAGAAUCUUCUUCCUUAUGGAGCAGAAGAUGAAGGCUUCUGGUAAGAAGGUUCGAACCACAGAGACCCAAGUGUUUGUGGCCACACCCCAGAAGAACUUUCUUCGAGAACGGUUGAAGCUAAUCGCAGAGCUUUGGGAUGCUGGAAUCAAGGCAGAGAUACUCUAUAAAAACAACCCUAAACUAUUAACCCAGCUGCAUUAUUGUGAGAAAACAGGUAUUCCUCUGAUGGUCAUCAUUGGUGAGCAAGAACAGAAGGAAGGUGUCCUCAAGCUCCGUUCAGUGGCCAGCAGAGAAGAAGUGACCAUUAAUCGAGAAAGUCUUGUGGCUGAAAUUCAAAAGCGACUGUCUGAGUCUUGAUUGUUGCCUGAUUUCUGUCUGCUGCCCUUAGAAGAAAAGUUUUCAUCUAGGACUGAGCUCUGGUGGACUUUACAACAGCUGGCCAGCAUGGCUGCUGUACAGUUGCCUUAUGCCUCCAUCUGUCCUGGAUACAGAAGUGGCCCUGAGGACUCAUGAAUCAGCGGCUACUCUGCUUGAGUGAACAUGGCUGGCAUGCAGAAGAAGCACACUCCAGCUGCAAAGGCAGAGCUGAAGUGCCUUUGAAUUCUGUCAAGAGAUGUUAAGAUGGUUACUGUGAACGAGGCUCUGGAAGAGUUGCCUUAGGCCAAGACUCUGGACCACUGAAAUGAGAAGCGAAAUGUGUACUUCACUUACUGUGUUGUAUCUGAGAACAAGAUUUUGGAGAAAUUGUCUACAUUAGACUAUAUUCUGUCUGUGCAGUAUUAAAAAGACAGUAAGAAAGGACAUUGAACAGAGAUGAUGUCUCAAGGACCAGGAGUGCAUCUGCUUCUUCCAGUUAACAGUAGAAGGGUGGGGCUCUUUAAUUAUUUUGGACAUUGAGUUUAAUGGAUGAUAAGUUAGCGAUCUGAUCUGAUCUGAUCUUUGGAGAUUUUGGACACCAUUCCCUUUGGAGGUGAAAGCAGGAGGAUGAGAAGCUCAAAGUUGGCUUUGGGGCCAGGCGGUGGUAGUGGUGGCGCACAUCUUUAAUCCCAGCUCUCGGGGGGCAGAGGCAGGCGGAUCUCUGUGAGUUUGAGGCCAGCCUGGU